UUUUUCAUACAUGCAUGCUAUUUGGAUGUAAUAUAUCUUAUUUAUUAGAUUAAAUAUUAAUUUUAAAAAAAUUUAUUAUCAAGCGGCAGCUACGGUGCAUCGUAGGCACCGGGUGCACACGGGUCACCUUCUCCGGCGGGAAAGGCGAGGUCUCACCGCGCGAUUCAGAGAACAGGAUGUGUGGGGUCCACAUGUCAGUGACACAAAAUGACUCCUGAGUGUAGCAUUCCCACUCUUCUAUCUCCAGUUCUCCACUAGGGUUUUGAGGCGCACUACUCCUCAUCUAAUCUCUCUCUCCUUCUCCUUCGAGCUCCUCCCAUGGCGGGAGAGCCCUCGCGCUCCUCUCGACCCGACCACAAAAGGAAGCUCGAUGAUGACGAGGCCCCCGCCGCCGCAUCUCCGCCGCCGCCGCCGCGGCCCCGCCACGCGGGCUCCCACCUGUCGCCGGGUCAGGAAGCGGGAUCGCCGUCUCCGCCUCCGCCACCGCCGCCGCUGGAGCGGAUGGAGCUCGCGAAGCAGAUGGCGGAGAAGAUCGCUGCGCGGAUCUUCAGGGGCGCCGAGGUGGAGGCCAGGCGUCCCAGGUUCGAGAACGGCGACGAAGGCGAUCACGACGACUCGAGCGAUGAGGGAUGGUCUUCGGAAAGCGACCACUUGCAGAAGCCCGCUAGUCAGCCAAUAACUUCUCAGGUUGGCAUAACUUCCUCAGCAUUUCCAACUCAUGGCUCUCGGAUUUCAAGUAAAAAGAUUGAUAUUCCAAAUGGAAGGGUUGGUGUACUCAUCGGCAAAGGUGGGGAGACGAUAAAAACUCUUCAGCUACAAUCAGGAGCAAAGAUUCAAGUAACUAAAGAUGUGGAUGCAGAUCCAAAUUCUAAGACGAGAAUGGUGGAACUUAUAGGCACUACUGAACAGAUUAGCAAGGCCGAGCAAUUAAUAAACGAAGUUAUCGCCGAGAUGGCUGGUGCUGGGGCAUCUGGUAGAAUUGCUGGUCGAAAGUUUGGGGGGCCACAAGCUGGUGUGGAGCAAUUUCAAAUGAAAGUUGUGAACUGCAGGGUUGGUCUCAUUAUAGGUAAAGGUGGUGAGAAUAUUAAAAAUAUGCAAGCCAAGUCUGGAGCUUGGAUACAGGUGGAACCUCUGCUUCCCGGUGAUAUGCCCACAGAAAGAACAAUUUAUAUAGAUGGCACAAAAGAGCAAAUUGAAGCAGCAAAACAGCUGGUGAAUGAAGCCAUAAGCGAGAAUCGUAUCAGGAAACCAAUGACGGCCAGUGGGUAUACCUCCCGCCGGCCCCGUGGUCCAACAAAAUGGGGCCCACCUGGAGCACCUCCCAUGCAGCAACCUGAUGACGGCUACAUGCAAACCGGAGCUUAUCCUACACAAACCCCUCAAUAUAACAUGCACCAACCACCUUAUGCAAGCUAUCCUCUGCAAGCGCCCAGCAACUUCCAACCUGGUUGGGACCAAUCCUCCAAUCAACAAACUCAGCAACCCACUGCAGCAAUCGGGUAUGAAUACUACAAUCAACAACAGCUGCAGCAACAGACACAGCUACAGCCUAUGGUAGGAUCAUCAGCACCUGCCGAUAAUACCAGUUACAAUUACACCCAGCCUCAAGGGCCUCAGCGAGCAUUUUAUGGCACUGCACCCGGUUAUGGACCAAUUGCUAACCCUAGUCAGGACAGAUCCGUGCCCUCUCAAGAUGGGAUGAAUCAAGUAACUCCAGCUCAGCAACAAGCUCAUCUGGUGGGUCCUGCAAACCAGCAAGGAUAUGCAAGUCAAAAAACACCUGUGACCGCUAAUGGGUACGGGAUUCCACCAACCCCGCAGCCCAAUUAUGGGAGUCAACCUCCGCCCCAAGCCGGAUAUGGGCAGCCAUCUCAGGUGGCUCAACUUAGUUACAGUCAACCACUGCAACUGCAAGCUGGAUAUGAUCAAGGUUCGACCGAUCGAGCCCCACCUUUUCAGCCUACAGCUCCACAGGCGGGCUAUGGCCCACAACAAGUCUACGGUGGUGUAGGUCCCAUUGCCCAGCCAAGCUAUGGCUUGCAACAACAGCCUUAUAGUGACUCUUAUGUGAGCAGUGAGUAUUUGCAGCCUCCUGCAUAUUCUAGUGACAAUGCGACACGUGCAAUGCUUGAUCAAUCUGCUGCUGCACCUGCUGUUCCUGGUGGAGCGGCAAAAGCUUCACCGAGUUAGAUGUCAUGAUGCCUGGUCGCGUUCGCUGCUGAUCUAUCCUGGCUUCGAACCAUUUGAGGAUUUGGCUGUUUCUUUUCUUUAUUUUCUUUAUUUUUUUUUUGGGGUCCUUUUUGCCUGUAGGAUUAUCUUUUCUUUUUUAGGCGUUUCUUACUGAGUUGCACGUGCCCACAAAAUGGAGGGCGUUCUCAAUACUGCCUUCAGGCUACCAUUUUAUGGUUUUGUGGGUGCGCAUGUUGUCUAGAUAUAUGUUCCCGUUGUACAUUAUGUUGUAUAGCUAUCUAGAAAAAGUCACUGUGCCCUUCAAGUGGUAUUUUUCAGUUUUUGGUUC